GUCAGUUUAACAUCGACACAGAGGAGCACAGCCACACCCGCGGACACUACUGCAUUUUACUCUCUGCAGUCAUGACUCUGAAGACGCCAUGGGUUCACUUGUUCCUAUUUUUGUGUUGCGUGCAGAGCUGCCUGUGUGAACAAGAUUCGAGAGGCUUCCCUUCUACAGAGACUAAUGAUGGGGUGUUGAUCAGCUCCCAAGCCAAACGCUUCCUACGCAGUCAUCUUUCAACCGUCUUUCUCCCAAUCAUCUACAUCAUUGUGUUUGUUGUGGCACUGCCCACCAACGCCAUGGCCGUCUGGGUGUUCCUAUUCAGGACCAAGAAGAAGCAUCCAUCCUCCAUCUACAUGGCCAACCUGGCUCUGGCUGACCUGCUCUUUGUCAUCUGGAUCCCCUUGAAGAUAGCGUAUCACUUGAACGGCAACAACUGGAUCUACGGACAGGGGUUGUGCGAAGUGCUGGUGGCAUUUUUCUACGGCAACAUGUACUGCUCCAUCUCCUUCAUCGCCUGUAUAAGUGUUCAGCGUUACUGGGCCGUGGUACAGCCGCUGUCCCAGCGGCAUAGGAAUAACCGCUUGGCUGUCAUUGUCUCUAUAACAAUCUGGGUGGUAGUCUGGCUUCUCACCAUCCCUCUCUUCCUGUACGAACAGGAUGUCCGGGUAAGAGAACUCAACAUCAUCACUUGCCAUGAUGUCACCAAGCCCAGUCAGAAGAAAAUAGCAGCGGGCUACUUCCUGACAAUGGGAAUUGUGGGAUUUGUUGCCCCCACCAUCGUGUGCAUCAUAUCUUACGUACUUAUGCUCAAGGCACUCAGGAACAACAUGGAGGACCCCACCAACGCCAAGAGGCGACAGAAAGCUGUGGUCUUGAUCAUCACAGUGCUGGUGAUGUUUUUAGUGUGCUUCACUCCCAGUAAUAUUAUGCUGCUGGUGCACUACAUCCUCCUUUUGGGUGACGCCACCAACACCCUGUAUGGAUUCUACAUCACCACCCUGUGCUUAGCGAGUCUUAACAGCUGUUUCGACCCUUUCAUUUACUACUUCAUCUCUGAGGACUUCAGGAAUCACGUGAAAAACACUCUCCGCUGCAGGAGUGAGCGGACAGUGGAGAGGAUGAGGGUCUCCUUCAGCGCUCUCAAGUUCUCCAAGAAAAGCAGCGCAUAUACGUCUGAUUCAGGGAACACGCGGAGCACUGAGUGCUAGUGCUUUUUUGGUGUUUAAGCUAAUUUUUCAUCAUUGAAAUCUCAGGUUGUAAGAUAACUCCUCACAGUGACUUCUUACAUCUCUGUGAGGAAAUGUAGUCCUCCUAGAAGCUUUAAGCUGUCUAAGUUACUGCUUUUUAAAUUUUGUAAAUAGAUUUUUAUUUUUUUAUAUGUUUUGGUAAUACAACUGAUAUUCAGUGCACUUUGCUGAAUGCAGUCUUCUGCUGUUUUUAUUACAUUUCAUUGGACCAUGAAUGAUUGAACUUUGGUCUGUGUUUUUUUUACGUGUCUGAUCUUUUAGUCCACGCUGUUAUUUUGAGAUGACUCUUUUGUAAGCGUAUCAACAUACCACAAAGAAGUGAGACCUAGAUUUAGCAUGUUGUAUGAUAUAAGUUUGAAAUAUGUGUAUAUCUUGUGUGUUUUUAUAGUUAUCAUUUUUACUUGUAUGACUACAUUUUAAAGUUUGCCAAUAAAGAAAACGUACAACUUCUCCCCUA